CAAGAAAAAGUUGUCAGCAUUGUAGCCCACAAAGCACUAUCAGCUUUAUGGCUUGUUCUUUACAAGCUGUUGAUUUUUAAGAUUCCUCCGUCUCUCUCUCAUUUAUCAAAGUUGAAGUUUAAUUUCUCCUCGCUCUAGCAGAAGCUAAUAGAAAACAAACCAUCAGGAUAAUGGCUACUGGGUUCACAUCCCUAUUGUUUUCUCUCCUCUCCUUGCUGUUCUUUGGUAUUUCAUCGUUUGCUAAGCCCAUACCAAGCUUCCCUUCUUCAAUCAUUCAAGCAGAGAAGAUCUCUCUUUCUACCCCACAUGAGCUCUACCAUGAAAAGUUCUUCACUCAAGUGCUCGAUCACUACACUUUCAGACCCCAGAGCUACAAAACAUUUCAACAAAGAUAUUUGAUCAACGACAAAUAUUGGGGCGGGGCGGAGAAGAAUGCUCCAAUCUUCUUGUACACGGGAAAUGAAGGAGACAUCGAAUGGUUUGCACAGAACACUGGAUUUAUUUUUGACAUUGCACCCCAUUUCAAACCCCUUGUUGUUUUCAUCGAGCAUAGGUUCUAUGGAAAAUCCAUGCCUUUUGGGGGAAAUAAAGAGGUUGCUUAUAGCAAUUCAAGUACACUUGGUUACCUGACCUCAACUCAGGCAUUAGCCGAUUAUGCCACUCUUAUAAUUGAUCUAAAGAAGAACUUGUCCGCCACCGACUCUCCUGUGGUGGUUUUUGGAGGUUCCUACGGAGGAAUGCUGGCAGCAUGGUUCAGAUUGAAAUAUCCUCAUGUCGCCAUUGGAGCAUUGGCGUCUUCUUCACCAAUCCUCAACUUCGAGAACAUAACAUCACCAUACAGCUUCAACAAUAUCAUCACUCAAGACUUCAGGGGAGAGAGUGAGAACUGUUACAAAGUAAUCAAAAGAUCAUGGCAAGAAAUUGAGAACACUGCAAGCCAACCUGGAGGCCUCGAAAUACUUCGAAGGUCAUUUAGAAUAUGCAGGAACUCCAUUAGUGCAAGUUCUCUCCAGAGUUGGCUUUACACUGCUCUGGUCUAUACAGCCAUGACAGACUAUCCCACCCCUUCAAAUUUCUUAAGUCCCAUGCCUGCCUAUCCCGUUAAAGAGAUGUGUAAAGCGAUUGACGAUCCAAAGACGGGAAAUAAUACGUUUGCCAAGUUGUACGGUGCGGCUUCUGUCUACUAUAACUAUAGUGGAACUGCCACGUGUUUCAAUCUCGACGACGAUUCUGAUCCUCACGGUCUUGGCGGAUGGUCGUGGCAGGCAUGUACAGAGAUGAUACUGCCAACGAGUGGUAACAACAAGGACAGCAUAUUUACGGCUUCUGAGUGGAACUACGAUGAUAGAGCUACUUUCUGCAAAGCCUACUUUGGUGUUGAGCCGAGACCCAAUUGGAUCACAACCGAGUUUGGGGGCCAUGAUAUUAAAAGGGUCUUGAAAAGAUUCGGCAGCAACAUCAUCUUCUUUAAUGGCUUGAGAGACCCUUGGAGCGGUGGGGGGGUGCUAGAGAAUAUAUCCAGCAGCAUAGUUGCUAUCGUAGCAAAGCAAGGGGCUCACCAUGUGGACCUGAGAUUUGCAACCAGUGAAGAUCCAAAAUGGCUUCAAGAUGUGCGAAAAAGAGAGGUCAGCAUCAUCGCAAAAUGGCUUUCUAAAUACUACGACGACUUGGACCCUGCAUAUUGACUCCCAGCUCCAAGAGUUUGGACCACGGGAAUUUCCGCGUUUUAUAAGGAUUCUUCAACAAAUUAAGCUAUUCAAUCACGCUGCAAUCCUCAGGCAGACAGUCAACACUUCAAACUUUAUUGUUUCAUAAAGAAUUUCAGUUGUGGAACGAGGCUUCCGAAUGAAUGAACUGAAAAGCGUACCUCAAUUUUUUUCCUCAAAUAAAAAAGAAAAAAG